ACAUAAAAAAAAGCUGAGUUAAAACGAAGUGUUAAGAAAGGUGAAGCACUAGAGCGACAUGAGGAAAAAGCUCUCGAUUAUGAUCAAUCUCCUCUGUUUGGGGAGUCUGUUGACCACUCUUAUCUGGUACACGUUCGAGGACAGUUUUGUCGAGCUUCACCGACCAAUUCCUCAAAGAAGUGCCCCAAAGCCCUCUGAACUUUGUAAAGGCUGCAAGGAAGUCAUUGAUAAAGUGAAAAAGCUCUACAAUCAAACGUGGAAAAAGCAUGAGGAGAAUUACCACAGAUUCAGCUUACAGCUGAGCAUCAAUUGCAAUGGAUCCAACAAUGGCAUUGUCACUCAGGAAAACACUCCAGUGGGAUCUAAGAUUGUUUGUGACAAGGACAGGAGUGUCAUCUCUGUGACCCCGGAGCUUUUCAAAAUCUUUAUAAAAGAGAAUCCUUUCUCAAAAAAGAGAUGGGACACUUGUUCAAUUGUUGGGAGCGGUGGGAUUCUGACAAACAGCGGCUGUGGAAAAAUGAUUGAUUCAGCUGAUUUUGUUAUUAGGUGCAACCUUCCUCCUGUGGAAAACGAAUUUCACAAUGAUGUCGGCAUGAAGACUAACCUUGUGACAGCAAACCCAAGCCUCUUCAUGAAUAAGUAUGGGUCACUGAUGGGACGUCGCCGGGCGUUUGCAGACAGUCUCCACCAGUAUGGCAACUCCCUGCUUCUCUUUCCUUGCUUCUCCUAUGGUGGUACUCGUCCGGUGUGUCAGCGGGCUGUGUAUGCCAUUGAGGACAUGGAUAUCCCUAUCCAAUCAAUCUUCUUAAAUCCUAGAAUGGCAUUGACAAAACUUCUCAACAACCGCCCGGACACUCCAUACUUCCGGCCACCCCCACUGCAUUUCAGAAUUCUCAAUUCCUGUGACCAGCAGAAAGUCAUCAGCUGGGAUUUUAAAGAUGAGACCGCUAAAGCUCUUACAACCAAAAGAAACAAAGUCAUAGCUAUCACUGAUGGGGAGAGUGUGACCAAGGUCACAAUUUUCGAGGAAUUUGCCUCAAAGGUCCAGCAGGGGGGGUCUUUUAUAAUGAGAGGCUAUGACCUCAGGGGUACAGUGCCCCCUUUCUCCAUUAAUGUUACAAGUAAAACCCAGUUUUUUAGGGCUCCCACACUCAAUGUAAAGGAAGACCUUUACAAACAAGCAGAUCAACUCCUCCAUCCUCCUGCUCCUCUCACUGCUCUGCAGAUGAGUUCAGCCAGUGGCGGGCUCAUCACAGCACAAGGGGAGGUGGUGGAGUUUUCUGCUGUGAAACAAGUGAAGUCGGGAAACAAUAUGUUCCCC